AUGAGGCAAUGGGCAGUUCCGGGUGCGAAUUCGAAGUGGGGCGGACCGCCGGGCUGCGCCAUCCUUCAGGAACACCGCGACCGUGAUCCUCGAUACCUGCGAGGUCCGGCAGUUGCACCCGAUCAGCUGCGCCCUGAAGCCCUAGCAGGCACAGGAGCCCUGCUUCGCACAGCUGCAGAGCUGAAAUCAGCGGGUUGGACUCGCGUCAAUGCGGAGUAUGCCAGCUGUGUGCCACUCCACGACAGGGGCUACCACUGGGGCAAGUUUGAGAUCCACGAGGAGAUUGUGGAGCGACUAGUUCAUGUUGCCCAUCGGCAAGUGCGGCAACACCCAGGGGAGACGAUUGUUCUGGUUUCCCAUGGCGGACCAACGCAGUAUGCUCUACGGGGUCUAUCGGGUCAAAAACCCCAAGGUGCUGGCGGCAUGACAGCAAUGUCAGUUCUCCGUGCACUUCCUGGUGACUUUGAGGACCAAAAGUCCUGGGAAGUCUUGGUCUCAAACGACGCCUCCCAUGCCCAGGCCUUUGCCCAUGGCGUUGAGACGAAGAUUUGA